AUGGAUGUAAUGGAGGCUGAUCGCUUGCACAGUGAGCAGAGACAACAAGCCGCGGACCUUGCGACCACGAGGCAGGGCAACAUUCUCCUGGAUCUACGCCGGCAGAUUGAGGAUUUGGAUAACCGGGGCUGGCGAAAUAAUAUCAGGGUCCGGGGUCUGCCAGAGGCGGAGGGAGAAUCGCCGCAGGAGAUGCUCACAGGCCUGUUCACCCACAUACUAGGGGACAACGCACCGAGUGAUUUCGGUAUCAAACGAGCUCAUAGGGCACUGCGAGCCCCUAGGAGAGAUGGCCUACCCCG